GCUCGGCUGCUCACCAACCGCAGAGCCGGCUGAGCCCGAGCCGCUGUCACUUCUAACCCAGCUCAGCUGAUCGGUUGCCGCCGCCGCCGCCGCCGGAUUCCAGAGGGGGUCGGAACAAGAAGCUGAGCGCAGAGACGAGAGACAUGGACGUGAAUUUCGCCCCGCUCCGCGCCUGGGACGAUUUCUUCCCCGGCUCUGACCGCUUUGCCCGGCCGGACUUCAGGGACAUUUCCAAAUGGAACAACCGCGUCGUGAGCAACCUGCUCUAUUAUCAGACCAACUACCUGGUGGUAGCUGCCAUGAUGAUUUCCGUUGUGGGGUUUCUGAGCCCCUUCAACAUGAUCCUUGGAGGCAUUGUUGUGGUGCUCGUGUUCACGGGGUUUGUGUGGGCGGCCCACAACAAAGACAUUCUCCGGCGGAUGAAGAAGCAGUAUCCCACAACAUUUGUCAUGGUGGUCAUGUUGGCUAGCUACUUCCUCAUAUCCAUGUUUGGGGGAGUCAUGGUCUUUGUGUUUGGCAUCACUUUUCCUUUGUUGCUGAUGUUCAUCCACGCGUCGUUGAGACUUCGGAAUCUCAAGAACAAACUGGAGAAUAAAAUGGAGGGGAUAGGUUUGAAGAGGACACCGAUGGGCAUUGUCCUAGAUGCCCUAGAACAGCAGGAAGAAACUGUCAGCAAAUUCGCUGACUAUAUCAGCAAAGUGAAGGAAUAAAUACAGCUGACCUGCUGAGAGGACUGCAGCAGACAUCAGGUUGCAGUCUGCCCUUAUCCAGACCUACUUCCCUAUGUGUUCUUGAAAUAGGAGGUGCCUGUACCAUCCACCUAUCUAUGGCAGCAUGCAUGUGUAGGUCCAACUGUUAACAUCUCCGAUGUUCCAGAGAGAAGCCCUCAGAAACUGCAAGAAACUACCCUCCUCUUAUGCCUGAAGUUUCAAGUGUGUUUAUGCAAACUGAUAAGAAGUGGAUCACACUUAUUUCUUUAGAGAAAUAAAUGAAAAAGGAUUUUGCAUUGUACAGCAACAGUACUGUUAACUUGUAGGAAAAAACUAAUUGUAAAGUAUCAAGGCAAUAUGAGUAAAUGAAAAAAAAAAAAAAACCUGUUAAAGUAGAUGUCAUGCAUUAGCCUGUUUUAAUCCCCCCAAGCCCCCAGUAUCCUCCAAAAAUAUUUCCUGGGACCCUAAUAUGUGCGGUCUAAACUAUUUCAGUUUUUAUUAUUAUUCUUUUAAAAUCGAAGACGAUCUGUCUCACUUUGCUGCCUGUUGGACAUGCAGUGGAAACUGGAUAAACCGGUUUUUAUUUUGUUUACAAGUAUAAAGAUAGCUGUUGAGAAUAUUUUGUCAGAUUUUGAUAAAAUUUUGAAAUGCUAGUAAUGCCUUUUCACUAGCAGGUAUUUGUUGCAACCUAAAUAUCAUCCUUUACGGAGGUUAUAGCUACAUGCCCUAUAUUAUCCUUGAUGGUCUUGUUUAAAAAAAAGCAACAACAAAAAAAUAAAAUAUGAGUUCUGUUUAUAUUGCUUAUUUUUUGUUGUUAUGACAGAAAGGUGUCCAAGAUAAUUAUGUUUCCUAUAUUGUUUUUCACUGUUUAGUUUUUAACUGGAACAUUUAGAAAGAAGAAAAUCAAUGUACAUUGUAUUGAUUCCUUAGGGGCACAAAAAGAACAAUAAUGACUGAUCCUUUGAAACCUGAACGGCACCUGCAGAUGACCAAGCAAAAAGACUUAUGAAAAUGCGAGUCAUCAAUGGCUUCUGCACUUCAUAAAAAUUUUAGAUAGCAGUUGUUACAACGUAUGUUUUAUAGAUAGGCAUUAGAAUCAAGAUAGCAUGAGUUUAUAUAUCCUGUUACUUUCUUCCUUUUAUUUCUCAUGUAUUUAGAAAUAGAUCAUACAAAAAUGUUUUGCUUGCCAAUUGAGUGAUUUCAUAGCUGAACAGAAAACAUUUGGGUUUCCCUAACACUGAAUUAUGAAGACAACUGGAGCAGUACUUACUGAAGAGACUGUGUGUGUCCUAAAAGAAGCAGCAACAGCAUAUGCUGCUCCUGGUUUUUCUUGCAUUUUCAUUUUUCAGCCAACCUGCAGCCUCCAUCUCCAGCACAGUGAUAUCGCCAUGACUUGAUAGACAUGGUCUAGAGUUUGUACCCUUAUCCAAAUAUGGAGAAUAAAAUUUAUCGAAGAUUUUCA